AUGGAAUUAUCAGUUUGGGGAAAGCAUUGGGGCCUGCCGUCGAUUGACACUGACUGCCUAAUCACACUAGCUUAUUGCCAGUUUUCCGACAUCCCCUCAUUGACAGUGCAUGACAUAUCAAGCAAAUGGACCUCAUCAAUACAUUGUUUUCCUGUUUUAACUCAGAAAAACACCAUUGUGAAAGGUAGUGAUAGAAUAAUUGAAUUCCUUAAAGAUCAGAAAUAUGAUUGUGACUCACACUUGAAAACAACAAACCAGUCAGAUUGUUUGGCUUACACAUCACUGAUCAAUAAAAAACUCAUGCCUGCUGUUGAGCAUUUAUUCUGGACUCACACGCAAAAUUACUUGGACAUCACUAGACCAUCCUGGGGCUCCAAACUUCCAUUUCCACUUUCACUAAUUUUACCAAUUAGUGAACGAAACAGGAUACAGCACAGACAUGAAAAUGAUUGUUCUCUAAAAAAUCUCACAGAGGCAGCUAGAAAUUUACAAAUAAUUAACAAUGCUAAAGAAUGCUUGAAUAUUCUGUCGUCCAAGCUGGGAGAUAAAUCAUACAUCUUUGGCGAAAAACCAUCAUCAUUGGAUGCCCUAAUUUUUGGAUUGCUGGCCCCAAUGAAUUUCAUUGGUGCCCUGCCAACCAAUAGCUUGCUUGUUCAUCUCAGAUGUUGUACUAACCUCACUAGAUUCUGUCAGAGGGUGAUUGAUAACUACUUUCCUGAGAGUAGGGAUGAAUUGAUGAGAAUAAAAAAUGAAGAAUCAGAAAAAAUGAAAGAGAAAAUGAAAGAGACAAUAGAACUUGGAGAAUUUCCACAUAAAAGAAAGCAGCUAUUAAUAGCAUCAAUUGUUGUUAUUGGAUCAAUGUUAAUUUAUGCAAUUGCAAUGGGAAUUAUUCAUGUGGAAGUUGUUCAUGAUGAGAACAGAAUUCCUAUCGAAGCAACGGAUUGA